AAUAACCCUUUCCUUCCUCUUCUUCUCUCCAAUUUCCUCUACUGAAAGUGACCAACAAUCGAAGCGUCGCCGGUCUUCCACUCUUUCUCGAACUUCUCCUUCGCUCUUUCCUUAUUCAGUAGUGAAAGAUGGCAGAUGGUGAGGAUAUUCAACCCCUCGUCUGUGACAAUGGAACUGGAAUGGUGAAGGCUGGUUUUGCUGGUGAUGAUGCCCCAAGGGCAGUCUUUCCCAGUAUUGUUGGUCGACCCCGACACACUGGUGUCAUGGUUGGGAUGGGUCAGAAGGAUGCUUAUGUAGGAGAUGAAGCACAAUCUAAAAGAGGCAUCCUUACUUUAAAAUAUCCAAUUGAGCAUGGUAUUGUCAGCAAUUGGGAUGAUAUGGAAAAGAUCUGGCAUCAUACAUUCUAUAAUGAGCUUCGUGUUGCUCCUGAGGAGCAUCCUGUGCUUCUAACAGAGGCACCUCUCAACCCCAAGGCCAACAGAGAAAAGAUGACCCAAAUCAUGUUUGAGACCUUCAAUGUACCUGCAAUGUAUGUUGCCAUCCAGGCUGUUCUUUCUUUGUAUGCCAGUGGUCGUACAACAGGUAUUGUGCUGGAUUCUGGUGAUGGCGUCUCUCACACUGUACCCAUUUAUGAAGGUUAUGCCCUACCGCAUGCCAUCCUUCGUCUAGACCUUGCUGGUCGUGAUCUUACUGAUUCUUUGAUGAAGAUUCUUACUGAGAGAGGUUACAUGUUCACCACCACUGCUGAACGGGAAAUUGUCCGUGACAUGAAGGAGAAGCUAGCUUAUGUUGCCCUGGACUAUGAGCAGGAACUGGAGACUGCCAAGAGCAGCUCUUCUGUUGAGAAGAACUAUGAAUUACCUGAUGGACAAGUCAUUACUAUAGGAGCUGAGAGAUUCCGUUGUCCAGAAGUCCUCUUCCAGCCAUCACUCAUUGGGAUGGAAGCUGCUGGAAUCCAUGAAACUACCUACAACUCUAUCAUGAAGUGUGAUGUUGAUAUCAGGAAGGAUCUUUAUGGCAACAUCGUGCUCAGUGGUGGAUCAACCAUGUUCCCUGGUAUCGCAGACCGUAUGAGCAAGGAGAUCACUGCCCUUGCACCAAGCAGCAUGAAGAUUAAGGUUGUUGCACCACCAGAGAGAAAGUACAGUGUCUGGAUCGGAGGAUCUAUUUUGGCAUCCCUCAGCACCUUCCAACAGAUGUGGAUUUCCAAGGGCGAGUAUGAUGAAUCUGGUCCAUCUAUUGUCCACAGGAAGUGCUUCUAAGUGCUUCGAUGGUAAGCAGGGAUUAUUGAAGGAUGGUGUACUUUGAGCUUAUGUAUUAUUUAAGUUGCACUUUUUAUAAGUUUAAACCUCUGGUGCCACUGCGGGUGUCAUCGUCAAUACGGGGAUUGUGGUAUGGAUAUGGUGGUGGUGGGCAGACAAUUGGUGAUUUUCCAUGCAUCUCUCAACCAUAUUGUUUCUUAAUAGGAUGUUUGUGGUCGGAGAGUGACUAUGAUGCUUGUUUCUUCUUAUAUUUUGUUUAGUUUUCAAAUUCAAUGUUUUCCCCAUUAAUGGGGUGAGGUUUGGGUUAGGCUAAGAGAUUGCUGGGCGCGAACAUUAAUGUUAAUAGCUAUUUGUACUGUUACGAGAAAUUCUAAGUUA